AAACAUAGUAAAGUCCAGAAUCAAUAAUGUAAUCUUUCAUUCUAAGCAACUACAAAAAUAAGAGGAAAUCAAGUCCUAAUUAAGUAGAAAGAAGAAAAUAAUGAGCAAAAACCAGUGGAGAACAGAUCAUCAAUAAGAUGGCUUUUUGAAAAGAUUAAAAAUUAGUAUAAACUUGUAGCUAGAUUAGUCAGAAAGAAAACGAGAAAAUGCAAGCUACCAAUAUCAAGAAUGUUUGAAACAAAUGACAACGUCCUGGCUCAUGGACUUCUAGUGCUGGCAACAUGUUACCUAGAAGUAUGUAGGUGUAGAUUGUGCUAAACUCUAUGACAGAAUUCUGCAGGGAGGGAGAGAUCCAUUUGGGUUGGGAGAAGCACCUCUGCAAAAAUGUUACCUUCGUCCGCAGAGCUCAACCCGGCGAGACCUCAGCCAGGUUUCUUUCCGGGCCCUGGAGGCAGGUGGCGACCCCGCCCCACGACCAAAGCACCGCCCCCAGCCCCAGCCGCCCUGGUCCUUCCGCGCAGGCGCGUGCUUGGCGCGCAGUGGGGCGCGGCCAGUGGCCAGGCGGGGCAACUGUCCUGCGGGCGCCGAGAGGGUCAGCACGCUUGUGAGGUCCCCUGGGUUGGACCGAACGACGCCGGUACCCAGCGAUGCCGAGGCCAGACCCGGGUGCCUUGCCCCUCUGAGCCGGGCUCUGCGCGGAAGGCACAGAGAGAGGCCAUGGCGGAGCCCUCCGAGCCCGGGCGGCCGGCGUCCGCGGGCAGCGGGAGCCUGGAGGAGGAGGAGGACGAGGAGCGGGAGCCGCUGCUGCCCCGGAUCGUCUUGGCCCAGCCGCCGAAGGGCGCUCCGGGGAGCGCCGUGAGGCUGGUGAAGGCUGCCGAGGAGGAGGGUGCGGCCUCCGCUGGCCAAGCUGGCGACCAGGAACUGCUGCUCCAGCCCCGGGAUGCGUCUCUCUCCCCAUCCCUGGGUUUGGGGCGCCACCGGAGCUCGCCCACUCACCGGGACCGGCACCGCUCCUUGGGUUCAGAGCUGAAUACAUUCUUGGAUGAUCCAGAAUUUGCUGAUACUAUAUUGAAAGCAGAGCAGGCAAUAGAAUUUGGAGUUUUUCCCGAAAGAAUCUCUCAAGGUUCAAGUGGAAGUUACUUUGUGAAGGAUCCUAAGAGGAAAAUUAUUGGUGUGUUUAAACCCAAAUCGGAAGAGCCUUAUGGUCAGCUGAAUCCAAAAUGGACCAAAUACGUUCAUAAGGUCUGCUGCCCUUGCUGCUUUGGCAGAGGCUGCCUGCUUCCCAAUCAGGGGUACCUUUCCGAGGCUGGCGCUUCCCUUGUGGAUGAAAAACUUCAUCUGGACAUUGUACCAAAAACAAGGGUGGUUUGGCUUGUCAGUGAGACAUUCAACUACAGUGCAAUUGACCGUGCAAAAUCUCGGGGCAAAAAGUAUGCUUUGGAGAAAGUGCCGAAAGUAGGUAGAAAAUUUCAUCGGGUAGGACUUCCUCCUAAGAUUGGUUCCUUUCAGCUAUUUGUUGAAGGUUACAAGGAGGCUGAAUAUUGGCUUAGGAAAUUUGAAGCCGACCCUUUGCCUGAGAAUAUUAGGAAACAGUUUCAGUCACAAUUUGAAAGAUUAGUGAUUUUGGAUUACAUCAUCAGAAAUACAGACAGGGGAAAUGAUAAUUGGCUAAUCAAAUAUGAAAAGAAGAAACAAGAAAAAGAAAUUAAGGAAGCAAAAUGGACAAAUGUGGAUAAAGAAUCACUUAUUAAAAUAGCUGCAAUUGAUAAUGGUCUGGCAUUUCCCUUUAAACAUCCUGAUGAGUGGAGAGCGUAUCCAUUUCACUGGGCUUGGCUUCCUCAAGCAAAAGUUCCCUUUUCUGAUGAAAUAAGAAACCUGGUUCUACCAUAUAUUUCUGACAUGAACUUUGUGCAAGAUUUAUGUGAAGAUCUUUAUGAACUUUUUAAGACUGACAAAAGAUUUGACAAAGCCACUUUUGAAAGGCAGAUGUCUGUGAUGCGGGGCCAGAUCUUAAAUCUCACUCAGGCGCUGAGGGACAGGAAGAGUCCGGUGCAGCUGGUGCAGAUGCCUUGUGUGAUCGUCGAGCGCAGUCAGGGCGGAGGCCAGGGUCGGAUUGUCCACCUGAGCAGUUCCUUCACCCAGACCGUCCACUGCAGGAAGCCAUUCUUUUCCUCCUGGUAGCAGACGUCCGAGUAAGAGAAACCAACUGUGUGGCAUUAUUGUGUUAUUGGGACAUGACAGUACCAUAAAGCUGCUGUUGCGAGCUCCAGUUGCCAAAACCUCAAGUAGUAUGUGUCUAAACGGUUAGCUUUUGAAUGUAAUCGAAGUUUACAGGUUUUUAGCCAAAUAUUAAAUUUCUUUUUCAGGGAAGAGGUGAUGCAUCUCCUAUAUCAUAUUUUUGUAGAAAAAUUGUACUUUAUGUUGAUGUGAGUUGAAGAGGUAAUUUCAUAGUUUACACGUUCUGAAAUGACUGUAAUUACUCGAGAACUCCAGAGCUAUGAGGUCUUUGAUGACUUUGAAUACAGUAACUUUUUAUAUGCUUUUUAAACAUUGAAAAGAAUGCUCAUGUUAAUAACUCUUUUUACAUUAUAAGAGGCCUUUGAGGAUGAAACUGCUCUUUAGGAACUUGAAUAGAGUAGUAAUAGAAAAAUAGGUAAGAAUAAAGCAAAGUUGCCUUAAUUUAAAAAGCUGCUGUUUUAGAACUUGAGUAAAUGCUCCUAAAGUUACCAUUAUUAGGGACCAGAAAAUAGUAUUUUGUUUAAGUUAUGGAUAACCAUUUUCUUUUUCGUACGUCAGAAUAUUUUUGGUCAAUUAUUUUGCUAUAGUGAGGAAGAAAAAAAAAAUCUAAAGAUAUCUCCCCAUUUAAAAAAAAAAAUGGAAACACUCAACUUAGACUUGAGGGGAAUAAUAUGAAAUUAAGGUAGAUCUCCAGUACUUUGAAAUUCCAAAACAGCACUAAAAAUUCCCUUCUGUUUCUUGCAUCAGAUCAAUAGUUAAUCUGUUAGUGCCUCAGAGUACUGCUCUGAUUCAGUUGAGUAUUUCACCUAGUAUUAAACCUCACUGAAAGGUAAAUCAUAACUCAGUCUGUAUACUGGAUUGCAUUUUGGGGUCCUAGGAUAUAACCUCUUAAAAAUAAUAGCAGUAUCGUAGGGUACUUGAAUUACUGAUGUUCUUAUAAUUACAGUCAACUUUAGAAUAUCAGCCCCAGUUAAAGAGGAACAGGACAGAGAUAACCAUAAAAUCACUUUUAUUUGAUUCUGAAUAUCAGAAUAUCUGACAUCCUGGGCAUUUGGAGCAUUUUUAACUCAUCAAGUGGUUUAAAUUGAAACAAGCCUAGGGAGUUCCCUCUGUGGCUCAGCAGUAACGAAUCUGACUAGCAUCCGUGAAGACAUGGGUUCAAUCCCUGGCCUCACUCAGUGGGUUAAAGAUCCAGUGUUGCUGUGAGCUGUGGUAUAGGUCACAGAAGCAGCUCAGAUCUGGCGUUGCUGUGUGAGGCCGUAAAAAAUAAAUAAAUAAAUAAAUAAAUAAAUAAAAUUGAAAUAAGCCCAAUAUGAAGAUUUGAUACCAAAGAAGCAGAAGCUUCAUUUUCUCCUUAGCCUCCAAACAAAUAACUUCACCACUUAGACUAAAACUGGGCAGUUUGUGGUUCUGGCCUUUUGUUUUUUAAGCUUUCUGUCCUGUAUUUUUUAAAAGGAAGUGACUUUUUGGAGUUCCUGUCAUGACUCAGCGGUUAACGAAUCCGACUAGCAUCCAUGAGGACGUGGGUUCAAUCCCUGGCCUCAUUCAGUGGAUCCGGCAUUGUUGCCGUGAGCUGUGGUGUAGGUCACAGACGCAGCUCGGAUCUGGUGUUGCUGUUUCUGUGGAUAGGUCCGUGGCUACAGCUCCAGUUGGACCCCCAGCCUGGAAAUGUACAUAUGCCGCGGGUGUGGCCCUAAAAGACAAAAAAAAAAAAUUAAUGAUUUUUAUGUAAAAAGUAUUUCCUGAAGGUAAAAUUAGGAUGGUCGUUAGACUUGCCGUUCUCCUUUCCUUCCCAUCUCUCUCUUGGUCUUCAUGGACGAGACAAGUGAGAAAACCGCUGUCCUAGUAGAAAGCCUUGGGCAACCUCUGCUCUCCUACCUCCCCCCAUGCUCCAUGCUCAUAAUGUUGAGAUAAUGGAAAAAGUGACUGGAAAUUCCAAACCCAGGCUACUCUCUUUAGCUAAAUGCCAGUAAUUAAAAUGUGCCUUUUGAAGAUGUGUUCUUAAUGGGAUCAGUGGUUAUGAUGGGGGUACUGCUUUCAUAAAACAUUUUUUUUUCAGUAUUUUGAGAACUGCUUAUAUUAAUUUUUAUAAUAGAAACUUCGUAAGUUGCUACUGUUUUAUAUCCUACAAUUAAAAUAGUGUGGAAAUAUUUUUAAAUGGUCUGACCAGACCAGAAAAGUAAAGUUGAGAUAUUUAAGAUGAGAUUACAAGUCAAGUACAGUGAUUAUUUUUGUAAAUUUUCAUGGACUUCAUUCUUAUUUAAAUAUUGUGUUCAUUUUUUCAGUGAGUAUAUUUAUAGUGUCAAACAUGGUAGACUAGAGGUAAUAAAAAUCAUUGUCUUAAGACUAGAUUUCUCCCGAAGUGUGUAUAUUGUCUAUUUGGAAUGUUUGUGAACACACUGAUAAGUGAUGCCAAAAUAUCAUUUUCGUACUUCAUGUGUUAGUAGUAAAGUUUAAUUCUUUAUCACCCCAAAGGAUGUAUUUAACUGAAAUCUUUAUAAUUCAGUUUUUUUUCAAAUACAUGCUGCCUUACUCUCCCCCAAUUUUGUCAGCAAUUGAAGACUGUGGAAACUUUUUUUUUCCAGUCUCGGGAAGAAUUCGAUUCACAACAUUUCUUUUAAAUUUAGAGUUUUGUACUAAUGGAAUUAAAGCCUUAUUAAAAAGCA